UACGCAUCAUGAAAAGCUAGCCACAGGCAUGAAAAAGAAAACAUUUCUCAUUCAUCACAGCAGAAAAUUGAAAAAGGGUGAGGGAGGGAUUCAUCAAUCAUCAAAGCUCCUUCUUAUGGAUCUGUUCACCCUUUGAUUCUCUCUCGCUCUCUACGAUCUGGAAUUUUCUGGGUUUCUUCGGUUAAGGUUUGAAUCUAUCACGCUUGAAGACUGACAGAAGGAGGAGCGUUUUUCCCGAUCUUCUCUUUUGUAGCCGAAAAUGGCCUCGGUGGGCUUAGCUCCUACUUCCGGGGCGAGAGAUUCUACCGGGCAUGCUUCUGGUGUCGACAGGUUGCCCGAGGAGAUGAACGACAUGAAAAUCCGCGAUGAUAAAGAAAUGGAAGCCACAGUUGUGGAUGGCAAUGGAACUGAAACUGGUCACAUAAUAGUGACUACUAUCGGUGGAAGAAAUGGCCAACCAAAGCAGACUAUCAGCUACAUGGCCGAGCGAGUUGUUGGACAUGGAUCUUUUGGCGUUGUGUUCCAAGCAAAAUGCCUAGAGACUGGGGAAACCGUUGCUAUUAAGAAAGUUCUGCAAGAUCGGAGGUACAAGAACCGUGAACUGCAAACCAUGCGGCUAUUCGACCAUCCUAACGUCGUGUCUCUGAAACACUGCUUUUUCUCAACCACCGAAAAGGAUGAGCUUUACCUCAACCUUGUUCUCGAAUACGUUCCUGAAACUGUGCACCGUGUCAUCAAACACUACAACAAACUGAGCCAAAGAAUGCCUCUGAUAUAUGUCAAACUGUACACAUAUCAGAUUUUUAGAGCCCUAUCCUACAUUCACCAUUGCAUUGGAGUGUGUCAUCGCGAUAUUAAGCCUCAGAACUUGUUGGUAAACCCUCACACUCACCAAGUAAAACUAUGCGACUUUGGAAGUGCAAAAGUAUUGGUAAAAGGAGAACCAAACAUAUCAUACAUUUGCUCGAGGUAUUACAGAGCACCAGAACUUAUAUUUGGAGCAACCGAGUACACCACGGCUAUCGAUAUCUGGUCAGCAGGAUGCGUUCUUGCUGAGCUCCUUCUUGGACAACCUCUUUUCCCAGGUGAAAGUGGCGUUGAUCAGCUUGUAGAGAUUAUCAAGGUUCUGGGAACGCCCACGAGGGAAGAAAUCAAGUGCAUGAACCCUAAUUACACAGAAUUCAAGUUUCCUCAGAUCAAAGCUCAUCCAUGGCACAAGAUUUUCCAUAAACGCAUGCCUCCAGAGGCUGUCGAUUUAGUCUCAAGGCUUCUUCAGUAUUCUCCCUAUCUACGUUGCACCUCUCUUGAUGCGUUGGUCCACCCGUUCUUUGACGAGCUAAGAGAUCCGAAUGCCCGUUUGCCAAAUGGGCGCUUCCUCCCACCGUUAUUCAACUUUAAGGCUCAUGAGCUGAAAGGUGUGCCUGCGGAGAUGGUGGCAAAGUUAGUACCGGAGCAUGCGAGGAGGCAGUGCCCAUGGCUUGGCUUGUGAUUUCAGAGACCCCCAAGCCCUAAAUGUAACAGAAGAAUUCAGCAAGUUAUCUGUAUUAUUUCUCAGAUAUGAUAUGUACUCUUUGUUGUUUGUGUAUGAGUAGAAGGAUCAAUGUGGGUUUAUGAUGUAAAAGCCAACAAGAUUUUUAGGUGAGAGUUUGGUGAUUCGUAUAUCCUUACACAACAGUAACGAGUCUCCCCUUUUCCCUUUGGCU